AACUGAACAUCACCGACUGAUGAACAUUUAUUUAGGGGUGGAUUCACUUUCACACACACACACACACUCAUUCUCCUCUCAGAUAUAAAAGGAGGCAAACAGAUCAGUGGGCAGAGCUGCAGCACUGCAAUGGAAAAUCCACAAAGAAGAUCAAAUGACGGGAAGAAAAUAUCAUUUAUACCAAAGUUUGAUCAAGUUUUUUUCAACACUGGUGGACAUUUUCGCUCUAGCUAUGAAAUAUUUGGACGAGGUGGAGAUGGAUCUAACCGACUGGUUAUACUGUGUCUGGGACUGUUGAACGCUUUUCUUCUGAUAGCUGCUGUUGUUAUUGGGAUUAACUGUGGCAAAGUCAAAGAGGGUUCCCUCCAGGUUUCCCACUCAGCUGCAACACAGCUCAUCAGUGAGCUGAACUAUCUCCGUGGCAACCACAGCGAUGUGAUCGAAGCCGAAGAGGAGGCCAAGAACGCGUUAGAGAGAGCGGUCAAAAACCAUGCACAGCUAAGGGUGAAAAUUGAGCAGCAGAGGACCAUCAAUGACAAUUAUCAGAGACAGAUUGAGGCACUGCAAGCAGAGAAGACAAAUCUGCAGUCCAACAUAUCGGCUUUGGAGGGAACUUGUGGCAGAUGUCUCUCCAAAUGGCUUCUCCUCAACUCAUCCUGCUAUUUCUUUUCUUACAUCGAGUCCCGUACUGUCAAAAAGAACUGGCCAGAUAGCAGAGCAGACUGUAUUAGUCGUGGAGCCGACCUGAUUGUGAUCGAUAACCAGGAGGAGCAGAGAUUUGUGAGUGACAGCAUUGAAAAUAUGAAAAGUGGCCGUAACGUCUGGGAGAGCGGAUUCUGGAUUGGUCUCACAGACUCAGAGACAGAGGGGACGUGGGUCUGGAUUAAUAAUGUCACAGAGGUGGAACAAAGGUACUGGAUGGAUGGAGAACCAAACAACAUCGGACAACUGGGAGAAGACUGUGGGAUUGCAGUUUAUAGCCCCAAUAAUCCCUGGAAGACCCGUUUCGAUGCCAGUUGUCACCAGAGAGAGAGACAUUGGAUAUGUGAAAUGACAUCUAGCUAGAAGCAGGAAGUACUGCUCAAGCAGAAAAUACAAGCAUAUGUUUGUAACUCUUUUUUUUAAAAAAAGCAUAAAACACCUUUAAGACUGGU